AUGAUAUCCGGUCACUAUUCACCACCGACAAUUGAGCCUCACAACCCUCGACUGGCUAUUGUAGACUUUGGCGACGAGGAGGAAGACGAAGACGGAUCCGUUGCGAGGAGGGGAAAGAUGAAAUGCCUUUCUUCCAAGGAGGAGUAUAGGGCACAUGAUGUCGACACGUACAUGGAGUGCUACGAGGAGGCCAGCGAGACUAAGGAGGAGCUCAAGCUCGAGAUCGAGGACCUCAAGGCCAAGGUCAAUUUCCUCCGGCUACUCUCUACUGGAUCUGGUGGAACCAUCACCAUUCUAGGUCUAAUACAUUGA